AAUUCAAAUAAAAGAAUGUUUAAAUAUAAAUUGUUAUCUAUUAAAUGUAUUAAUUCACACGUAUUGAUUUCGGCUCUCAAACACAUAAUACAUGGAUGUCACUGUUGUCGUAAUCCUGAAUGAAUAAUGACAAGUACAAGCAGAGCUUCUCGUCGGCAAACACCGGAAACACCAAAAGAAAUUGAGAUACCACCAGAUAUUUUGGCAGAUUUUAAACAAGCUUUCAAACUGUUUGAUGACGAUGAUUCGGGAACGAUUACUUCAAAAGAACUAGGUACAGUUUUAAGACAACUUGGACAGAAUCCAACAGAGGCCGAACUGCAGGAUAUGAUAAACGAAGUUGAUGAAGAUGGAAAUGGAACAAUUGAGAUAGACGAAUUUGUAGAAAUGAUGAAAGACAAGGUAUUGACCAAUGGAGAAAAUGAAGAUGAUGUUGUUCUAGAAACAUUUAACGUAUUCGAUGUAGAUAGCACUGGAUUAAUUACAUGUGAUAAUCUACAAAAAGUCUUUUCUGGUCUUGGUAUAAAAUGUUCGGAUGAUGAAAUUAAACUAAUGAUAGACGGAGCUGAUCUUAAAAAAGAUGGUGUAAUUGAUUUUGAAGAAUUUGAGACAAUGAUAAAGAAUACUGCAUCAUAAUUGGCGAUGAAAAAAAACACCUACUGCUUGCAAUACACUUGUUUUGUGGUCUGAUCUGUACAGCAAAGCCACUGAACUAAAGCUAAUGUAUACACAUUUUAUGCCAGAGAUAUCAGCAUUAGUAUCUGACAGAAAGGAAACGGCAAUAUCAUCGAUUCCAUUAUUUAUUUUAUCAAAUGUUUACUGUACUGAAAUUAUAAAACAGAAAAUAGUA